AUGACAUCGGAACCUAUAACAAUCACAACCUCGGAUACUACUAUUUCGAAUAUAACAACAGCACCAUCAACAACACCGACAAUAAUCCGUUCUAACAUUGAUAAAGAAUGUCCAAUAAAAUAUGUAACAGUGUACAAUGAUCGUGCAGAAAUAACGCGUUCAUUUAAUCAACAAUUUGAUCUGGAUGGAACAUACGAACUAAUAUUGGAUGGAUUUUCAAACCAUGUUGAUCAAAAUUCAUUUCAUGUUAAAGGGGGUACGGGAAAAGCAACAAUCCUUGAAGUUUCCUAUCAUACACGGUACGAAAAAUCACAAACCGAUACAACUGUAGCUGAGACAAAACAUAAACAAAUACAAAAGCAAGUGUUCGAUUUGAAUAAUGAUAUCGCACAACAUCAACAGGAGUUAGAUCGGAUAAAUAAAAAUAUCGAUUGGUUGGAUGGUCAUGCCAAUCACUUGAUGAAUAAUAAGGAAAAGAAUGAUAAUUCUCUUCAGGAAACCGAACAAUUCUUAGAUUUUUAUUAUCAAAAAUUGAAAACACUCGACGAGAAGAAAAUGACUGAAGAACACAAAUUGAAAUCAUUAAAUGAACAACGUGAGACAUUGAUGAAAAAUUUGAAUACUUAUGGCACAAACUUAUCAUCAAAUGUAAUGAAUGAGCAUCGUGAAAUUACAAUUCUGUUGAAUGUUCAAGAUAAAAAAUCUCUAAUUAAUUUAGAAAUCUCUUAUCUGACGUUAAACUGUUCAUGGAAAGCAAGUUACGACGUACGCGUAACAAGUGAAAAUAAAUCGACACAAACAGAACUCACCUACUAUGGGAUCAUUACGAAUAAAUCAAAUGAGAAUUGGAUCAAUGCACACUUUUCCUUAUCAACAGCAACACCAUCCUUGGGUGGAACGCCACCGAAAUUAUCAACAUUGAACGUCAACUAUAAGCAACCAUAUUAUCGUCCAUCAUCACGAGAUUACUAUGCUGACUGUGCAUCUGCAGAAUCCGUUACGUUUUAUAAACAAAGUAAAAAAGUAUCAAGACUACUACCAAAAGUAUCCAUGCGUCGUAAUUCGAAUGCUUAUGAUAGGGAAGCCAUUCUUGAAAAUGAUGAUGAGGAUGAAGUUGGAAUACUUGUAUCCAAAGCUGAAACAGGUUUAAGUUCAACAAAUUUUACCAUACCACGCUCAGCCACUAUCGAAUGUGAUGGUAAACCACAUAAAGUGACCAUUGGUGUUCUCUACUUAGAAUCUAAAUUUACCUAUACAUGUGUGCCGAAACUCUCACCGUAUGCUUACUUGAAAGCCACAACAACCAAUACAUCCGAUAAACAAUUAUUAUCAGGUCCUAUUAAUGUCUUUAUGGAUAAUAAUUUCAUUACUCAUAGUCAAAUUGGCAAUGUAUCGAUUGAUGAAAAAUUUGAUUUAUAUUUAGGUAUUGAUUCCAAUGUGAAAUGUGAAUAUAAACCUGUACAUAAAAUGAAUGAUAUUCAAGGACUCAUUUCUAAAGUCAAUCACGAAUAUGUUAAGCAUGAGACAAAGAUAAAAAAUUUAAAAGCAAAUGAUAUUUGCAUAUAUGUCUAUGAUCAUUUGCCAUUAUCAACAGAUGAAAAAAUUAAAGUAAAACUUUUACAACCACAAGAUAUCGGUAAAUUAAAAGAACAUUCAAUAACAUCUGUAUCAGUCAUAAUAAAUGAUGAUAAUAAUAUGGAAUGGAAAGUAUUACUGAAAGCAAAAGAAGAAUGUAAAUUACCACUGGAAUAUUUGAUUGAAUGGCCAAAAGAGAAACAAAUUGAAUAUAAAGAAUGA